GGUGGGAUAUCUUCUCUCCCUCUCUCCCCUGCACACGCCCUGCCAGCAAUGAAGGGAGCAUUACCAGCUUAGAGCCGGCGGCACUAGGACCGGGGGGCUGCUCAGCCAAUCUUCUUUGUCCUCCAGCUGAUCCAGCGCCGGCUCUGCUCCAGCUGCUGCUCCUCUAUCUCCGUGUCCUGGCCAUGAUGUGUGGCCCCUGGUUUGUUCUCCUCCUAAUGGCCGUACCAGGAAGCAGUUCUGCUGUCAGUGAAAUCCGUAACUGUGGGGAUGCUGCUCGGGAGCUGAAGGAGAGAGGUCUGGGAGGCAUCCCUGGUGUCAAAACACCAAUAUCUGGAGAGCACCUGAGAAUAUGCCCCCAGGAGUACACAUGUUGCCCAAGUGAGACGGAGCUAAGACUGAGCGAGGAGAGCGUGAGGGAUCUGGCCCGUAUCGUGAAUGAAAGCGUCAGUUACCCAAUGGGGGUAUUAACUGGGGCGAGAAGAAGAUUCCAGGAGUUCUUCCCCGCACUCCUUGACUCUUCCGAGCAUUCCCUCUCCACCAUGUUCGUACUUUCCUAUGGACACCUGUACUCCAAGAACGCCGUUCUCUUCAGUACUCUCUUCUCGGAGCUGCGUGCUUUCUACAUGGGGGGAGGAGCCCCCAGAUUGGCCGAGGCUCUCUCCGAAUUCUGGGCUGGACUGCUGGAGCGCAUGCUCCGUCUCCUGCUUCCUCAUUACCAGCUGAAUGCCGACUACAUGGAGUGUGCUAUGCGCCAUGCUGAGGAGCUGAGCCCUUUUGGGGAAACUCCAAGAAGACUUCGAAUACAGAUAACACGGGCAUUGGGAGCUGCCAGAACACUGGUGCAAGGCUUUGCAACGGGAAGUGACAUUGUCAACAGAGCUGCUAAGGCUGUGCCACCUCCUGACUGUCUGCGGGCUGCCAUGCGCAUGUGGUAUUGCCCACUCUGCCGAGGUUAUACAUCCCUCCUGCCCUGCCACGGACUCUGCCUCAACGUCAUGAAAGGCUGCCUUGCACACCAGGCAGACAUGGAUGCAGACUGGAAUAGUUUGAUAGAUGGACUGCAGGAGGUGGCUGAGCAAUUGGUAGGACCCUUUAAUGUGGAACUUGCUACGGAGUCAAUUGCAGUGAAAAUAUCUGAAGCCAUAAUGACACUGCAGGAGGAGAGUGUACAGCUAACUGCUCAGAUCUUCCAGUCCUGUGGAACCCCGCCUCCAUCGCGGUCGCGACGCUCCCCGCCAGAAGAUCCUAAGAGAAGGUUUCGAGUUUACAGCAAUGAUGAGAAGCCCACGUCGGCAGCCGGUACCAACAUCGACAGACUGGUGUCAGAGGUGGUGUCCAAGCUCCGCCCACUGCGUGGUCUCUGGAAGCUCCUCCCUCUGUCCCUUUGUUCUGAUAACAGAGUCUCUGCUGGUCUUAGUAACCAAGAUAAAUGCUGGAAUGGACAGUCAAAGGGGCGGUACCUCCCACAGGUGACAGGUGACGGUGUGGUGAAUCAGAUUAAUAACCCUGAGGUGGAGCUGUCGAUGUCAGCGCCGGACCUUAGAACACGCCAGCUGGGCAUACAACUGCGUGUAGUCAGGAGCAAACUGCGGGCCGCAUACAGCGGGAGGGACAGCGACAGCCAGGAUGCCUUUGACGAAGGCAGUGGAAGCUCGGGCGGAGGGGACCCAGUAACGGAGAAACCUGUAAUCAAAGUCCGAGACCGAGACACCAAAAACAAGAAGAAUCCGGGGAAGGACAAGAAGAAGGAUGAGAAGAAGGAAACUGGUGGGAAAAAAGGGGAUGGGCGGAAAAGAAGAAGGUUUGAUACUGAUGCAGGGUGGUCUAUAUCCCCCACUUAUAGUAUCACAUUUGGGGUCUUGCUUGUGGGACUUGUACUAUCUGCAUGACCUGCCAGCUGCAAUGCCUCUGAAUGAAUGUGUGUUUUCCAAUACAUUCCAACAUGUGCACAUGUAUGGGACUCCUCUGUACAUACAUGUGUGCCUCUAUCCUAUUAUUUGUUAUACACAUACAGCGUACAUAUUGAUUUACCACUGGAUACAGCAAAUGAGUUCAAAUGGACCUGUAGGCAACUGCAUUACUGAGAUGGUUAAACAGGAGUAACAAAAGAUGCUUCCUUUUCCAGGUGAAUAUGCUGCUCCAGAUUCCCUUUGAAGGGGCUGAUAAAUGAAAAAUGAACUCUGAUUUUCCCGUUUGGACUUUAGGUUUGGUGAGCAGUAAUGGCAGGAGCCUAAAGCAGGAUUUGAGUUAUUUUGCUUAACUUUAUAUAUCCAUCUCAGCGAGUAGUACUAAAGACAUAUUUUACUUUAAUGAAGUCACCUCAUUAAGGUAAAAAACACCCUAGUAUAUGCGUUAAAUCCCCCCGUCCCUGUCCCGAAAAAAAACCUGCUGUUCUUUUGCUGUUGCCAACUCCAGGAUUGAUUAGCUAACUUUCUUGUUCCACAGGAGACACAGAGGGCAGCAGAACGAUGGGCUCCUGCUGCAGUCAGUCUAAUUGUGGGGAGGAAGAUCGAGCAGGGGUGUGGCUUGCCGGGCGCUUUGUGUGUCUAUGGAUGCAU